UGCGGGAGCCCGAGGCAAGGCGGGCAGGAAGCACAACCCGCCCCCAGAGGCGUCGAGUUGGAGGACGGCGCGCGUCGUCUCCGGGGCGUGGCCCGGCCCGCGUGGGCGCGUUGGGAGAAGAGACCCUGGAGCCCCGGUCCAAGCGCAGGGACUGCCCCCGGGAGGGCAGAAGCACAAACUCCGCGGAAAGGCUGGAAAUCCGCGGCCUCUACGGUGCACGUGUCCCAGGCGAGUCCGCGGCAGGCGCCGGGAAGAUGCUCAAAGUCCUGGUGCUGAAGGUUGACGAUCCAGGUUGCUUCUGGGUUAUUAUAAAAGGAUGUAAUCCCUUUUUAGAUCAUGAAGUUGACUAUCAAAAGCUAAAUGAUGCCAUGAACGACUUUUAUAACAGUGCGUGUCAAGAUAUAGAAGUGAAACCAUUAAUGUUAGAAGAAGGGCAGGUUUGUGUGGUUUAUUGUCAAGAACUGAAGAGCUGGUGCAGGGCCGUUAUUAAAUCAAUCAUGUCCUCGGCGGACCAUUACCUGGCAGAGUGUUUUCUUGUGGAUUUUGCCAAGUAUAUUCCAGUAAAAUCUAAAAACAUCCGAGUUGCAGUUGAGUCUUUCAUGCAGCUUCCUUACAGAGCGAAAAAGUUCAGGCUGUACUGCACAAAGCCCAUGACGUUACACAUCGACUUCUGUGAAGACAGUGCCGAGAUUGUACCUGCCAAGAAGUGGGACAGUGCCGCUAUCCAGUACUUCCAGAACAUUCUCAAAGCAACUUCCCAGGUGGAAGCCAAGUUGUGUGCUGUGGAAGAUGAUACUUUUGAGGUUUACCUUUAUGUAACUAUAAAAAAUGAAAAAAUUUGUGUUAAUGAUGAUCUGGUUGCAAAGAACUUCGCUUGUUACGUGUCACCGAUAGCGAAUAAAAACGUUGACUCUUCAGAGAAACCAAGAUUGAAUGUAAAGUCGGCGUCCUUCUCCAAUAACCUCAACCCAGCACUUACCCUUUGGCCAAUGUUUCUGCAAGGAAAAUAUUUUCAAGGAAUAGAAAAUAAAGCUAUAAAAUGUAACAUGGAUUCAUUGAAAGAUUCAUGCAAAAAGAAGUCCGAAAAGAAAGAGCAGUGCAUUUCUUUAAAAGGUGUAGAUAAGUGUGUUGAAUCUUCAGCAUAUUGGCCAGCAAAAAGAGGUAUAACCAUAUACGCGGACCCCGAUAUACCGGCAGCCAGUACUCAGAAACCAAAUGAAAAACCACUCAGAUUGGCUGAGAAGAAGGAAUAUGAUGAGAAGAACGGCUGUGUGAAGUUACUGCAGUUUUUAAAUCCUGAUCCUUUGAGAGCUGAUGGAAUCUCUGAUCUGCAACAGUUGCAGAAGCUGAAGUCAGGCGUACAGCAGCCUGGCGUGGUGCUCCGAAACAAGAUCGAGCCCUGCUUAACCAUCAACAUGUCACCACUUUCACCAGACCUGAAAAAGGCUCUUCAAAGAAAUAAGUUUCGAGGACCUAGCCACACCGAAUCCUACUCCUGGCCUCCCAUAGCACGUGGCUAUGAUGUGGUUGUCAUUUCUCACUGUGGCAACGACCCUUUGUUGUACCUUCCACCAGUGCUUACGAUUCUGCAAACUGGGAGCUGCUACAAGUCAUUACCGAGUAGAAACGGACCUCUUGCAGUCAUCGUGUGCCCUGGGUGGAAAAAGGCCCAAUUUAUUUUUGAAUUGUUGGGAGAUUAUAGCAUAUUCUCCAGACCUCUUCAUCCUGUGUUAUUAACAAUUGGACUACACAAAGAUGAAGCCAGAAAUACGAAAAUUCCAAGAGCAUGUGAUGUGAUUGUUACAACACCACAUAGCCUCCUGCGACUUUUCACAUAUCAAAGCUUAUUGUUUCUUAGACUCUGUCACCUGAUUUUGGAUGAGGUGGAAGUAUUAUUCUUUGAAGCAAGUGAACAAAUGUUUGCUAUAUUAGAUAACUUUAAAAAAAGUACUGAGGUUGAAGAAAGGGAAUCCGCACCACAUCAGGUUGUUGCGGUUGGAGUUCACUGGAACAAGCAUAUAGAACGUUUAAUCAAAGAAUUCAUGAGCGAUCCCUACAUUGUGAUCACAGCCAUGGAGGAGGCUGCCCUGUAUGGCAGCGUCCAGCAGGUAGUACAUCUUUGUCUAGAAUGUGAAAAAACUUCUACUUUACUCCAAGUCCUUGACUUCAUUCCAAGUGAGGCACAGAAGACCUUGAUCUUCACCUGCUCUGUCGCUGAAACAGAAAUAGUGUGUAAGGUAGUAGAAAGCUAUUCAAUAUUUUGCUUGAAAAUGCAUAAAGAAAUGGUUUUUAACUUAAAGAGUGUUCUAGAACAGUGGAAGAAGAAGUUAAGUGCUGGCUCUCACAUUGUGUUGGCCUUAACCGAUGACUGCAUCCCACUCUUGGCCAUCACUGACGCCACCUGCGUGAUUCACUUCAGCUUCCCUUCCUCUCCGAAAACGUUCGGUGGACGCCUGUAUUGCAUGUCUGACUAUUUUCACAGUUUCAUGGAACAGGUAGAGAAAAAAACCAAAUCUGUCUUGUUGCUGACGGAGAGAAACGCAAGCCACGCAGCUGGCGUCCUGCACUACCUGGAGCGAGCUGAUGCCAAAAUCCCUCCGGAGCUGUAUGAGUUUACCGCCGGCGUCCUACAAGCCAAAGAAGAUAAAAAAUCCAGGAGGCCCCUUUGCUCGUAUCUUAAGGCUUUCGGUUUUUGCAAAGACAGAAGGACCUGUCCUGACCGACACCAUAUUAAUCCAGACAUGGACAUACCGAGGAAAUUAUCCAAUCAAGCGCUACCAAUGCUUGGCUAUAUUAAACUCAUACCUUUUUAUAUUUCAAAUGCAACAAAUUACUUUGGUCGUAUCAUUGAUAAACAUGUGGAUCUUUAUGAAGCUCUUCAUGCUGAAAUGACUGAGUAUUUUAAGGAUUCCAGUAAUAAAACAACCACUGAAAAGGUGGAGAAAUUUGGAUUGUAUGGAUUGGCAGAAAACAGAGUUUUUCACAGGGUUCAGGUGUUGGAGAUGAGCCCAAAAAAAGACACGUGGGCCCUGGAUAACGUGCUGGUCCAGUUCAUAGAUGAGGGCAGGACCAGGCUCGUCACAAGGGACCAGCUGCUCCCAGAGCGUUUCCACACGCUGCCCCCUCAGGCUGUGGAGUUUAUCGUCUGUAGAGUGAAACCCGCCGACAAUGAGACAGAAUGGAAUCCGAAGGUGACUAGGUACAUUCACCAUAAAGUCGUUGGAAAAUUACACGAUGCAAAAGUGAUGCUGGCUUUGGGAAAUACAGUUUGGAUCGAUCCAAUGGUGCACAUUACAAAGCUUCCAAAUCUGAAAACUUCUAUCAUUGAUUAUAAUGUGCGAGCUGAAAUUUUGUCGAUGGGAAUGGGCAUCGAUAAUUCCGAACAUAUAGAACAACUGAAAAAAUUGUACCAAGAAGCCAAAAUGCCAACUUUUGAGGAAAGCCUAAGCCAAACCCUGACAGCACCGUCGGCAGAAGAUGCGGCUCGUCAGCAGAGCACACAGCCCAAGGACGGGGGUGCAGAGAGUGGGGCUGACUCCCAGAUGAACUCAGAACACCAGAAGCCCGAAAUUUUAUCUGAAAGCACUGGAGAGGCUUCUGUUAGCAAAACUGCACAGCCCCCUUUGAGAAGCUUCCAUCCGCAAGUCAAGUGGUUCCAAAAAGAUCAUGUCGUCAUCGUGAAGAUAAAAAUUCGGAAUGUAAAGGAUCACAGCUGUAAAUAUUUUAGAGACAGAGUCAUUUUCAGUGCCUGGGUGGGAGACAAGUUUUACUUGGCUGACAUGGAGCUACAGGCCAACAUAAUAAAAGAUGACUGCAAAUGCAUAAUUAAAAAUGAUGAACCUGUGAUCACUCUUGUGAAAGAGAGGAAGGAAUCUUGGUGUAGCUUGCUCAAACAGAAGAAUCCUAAUGUGGCUUUCGAUUUUGAUCACUGGGAAGAAUGUGAAGAGGACAGCCACUUCUCCAAAGUUGUAAGCUUAAAAAACCAGUCCUACAGCAUGGCAGAGGUGGUUGAAGAUAGUAACACGCCAUCGGAGGAUGAAGAAAGCGAUAGUGAUUGAGAUUGGCUCAUGCUGCCUGGAGCUGGCCCACCUGUCAUCCGGUGCACGGUGCAGGGCUACAAGCCUGAUCCCCUGCCUGCAGCCGAGGUUUCCAAAGUCUUUGGAGUGUCUGCUCAGCAACUGCUUAACCGCCUUUUCAACCUGAAUCAGCCCAGAUUCCACAUAACCACAGACGUGAGCUAA